CUUCCGCUAUUUUCACUUUUCUGAAUAUAUCUUCGAAAUCGUCUACAAAAACAUGGCAGUCGUGAAUAAUUUCACACAAAAGUAACGCAGACUGACAAAAUAAUGUUUGAUCUUUGAAUCCAAGUUGAAUUAAUGCUAAUCUGGUGAUGAGUCGUGGUUUUAUAAGUCCUGAUUCUCGUGGUACCUUGUUCACUCAAGAUGAAGUCGCAACAAAAUCUGGAAAAGCCAAAAAGAAUCAUUUUGCCAGUGAUGGUGCUCAAACAGACAUUCAGGCCCAAAAUGUCAAGACGGCAAGAGUUUAUGUGUUUGGACAGGCAGAUAUGGAUGAUGAAGAACACCUCGGUGAUAACGCCAAUGGAAUGGAAAUGUCAGAACUUCGCCCAAGAGGUGCCGCUGCUGGGAGUGGGAGUGCUGGAAAACGACGUAACAACAACUCGACAUCGGCGAAUCGUGAUAAAGAAGAGUUCUUGGAGAAGGACAUUGCUGAUGGAGACACCCUCCAGAGUGUUGCCUUACAGUAUGGUUGUCAGGUAUCCGAGCUGAAACGCAUCAACAAACUUAUAAGUGAUCAGGAGUUCUUUGCCUUAAAAGUGAUAAAAGUCCCUGUGAGGCGGCAUGGACUUCUAACAGAACUUAUUAAAGAGGAGAAUAGAAAACGAAAAAAUGGGCCAAAGUUGUCUCUUCGUCCACCGAAUGGGACAAAUGAUUCCAUCAUAGCAAUGGACGAUAUUAAUUGUGAGGAUUUCGAUGAUGAUGGGAGCGAUUCAGAGUCACAGAGUUUAUAUGUUAGGACGUUAAGUAUUCGGGAUGUUUGCAACAACCCGUCGCGGGAUGCUCAAGAAUUCCUGCGGACCAUGGACCAUGAUUUGGAAAAAAUACGUAAAUCAACCAACUCUUAUAAAGGUUCCUUAGAGGAGGUUGCAAAAACUUUGACAUGUAAACGAAUUUAUCCGAUUCGGAAAAAAUCUGUGUGGAAUGGGGCUGAUUGUGGCCUCAGCUGGAGGACUGUUGUUGUUAUUGUGAUAGGCAUUUGCCUUAUAGCACCUCUAACAUACUUGCUCUAUUAUAAAUUUGGCAAGCCACCAGAUUGAUUUGGUCAAAGUUUAGUUCCUUUGUAAACAAGUGAGCACUGUCUGUACAAUGUAGAACAGUACUAUUUAAUAAGUAAUAUGUAAUAUUGCAUGAAAAAAAAAAUCUCUCUUCGUAUGAAUAUAUAUUUUUGGCCAUGGUUAUUUUAAUUUUCUCUGAACAGAUUUGCCUUGCAGAUUAACCUACAUGUAUAUUUGAAUUUAUAAAUGAAAUUGUGAUGUUCUGCACUGUACAGAUCCCCAUUCUUCAAAAAUUAUGUAUUAUUUAUUCAUUUGUGACACGAUUGUUUCUGUUGAUAUGAUAUGAGAUGUGAAUAUCUCUCUCCAUUGCACAUGUCUCAUUUCUAAUCGUGAUAAUUUGAUUUAUGAUGAAGGGAAAACCUUAAUAAAUACGAUUGUCAUCCAGCCACUUCGUCAUUAAUCGCACACAAUUAAAAGGCCUUGUCCAGGACUGGGCCUUUACCAUAACUUGUAGAACCUCUCUGUUGAGGACCCCUCUUUGGAAUGACAAAUUCUGUCCUUAAUGGGCGGUGUCCUGAUUACAGGGUCAAGUUGUUCAAAAAUGGCUUAUGGUGGGACCAAAACCAGGGAGGUGUACAAUAAGGGAGAUUCCACUUCGUGUAUAUUUUCUGCUUUACUGUAUCCUCUACUUAGGACUGUGUCAUACCACCUGGUGUUUUGUGAGAGUGAGAGAGAAAGACUGUCAGCAGCUGUGAAUUGCCAUGCCCAUCCCAUACAAUGAGGCACAGAAAGAAAAAUAUGUAUUUUAGUCUACAGAGAAAGUUGGCUGGGCUGGCAAGUCUGUUCAGGUCAGCAAGCCAUGUGCAUGAGUCCAACGAAAUGUCGUCUUAAAAAUGUGUAGUGUUCGGGUAUUCUAAUUUUUUGGGGGAGAUUUAAAAACCAAAGAAAAGGUACCCUGCUGGUAAGGUGUACACUCUGAUAUUAUAAUGUAUUACCACAGUGGCUCCUGGGUAAAAAUAUAUGCAUGUGCAUGACACUAUACUGUAUCAAAUUGAAGACAAAAGGAUGUUGUAUUGGUUGGGUUAGAAUUGGGACCUUCUUGUUUGUCAGAAAUGAGUCUGAAAGCAUUGUGUGCUGCCUCAAAUCCUGAGAACAAAUCAUGGAAAUCAAGAGGAGGGUGAUAUAUAUGGAUCUUUUAACUGAUUUCUUGCGGAUCACAAUCACGUGUUUCGUGGUUAGCUGGUGCGGCAUCAGGCUUUUGAAUUUGGGAUUGUCGUCAGGCCACUCUCUCCAAUAUCUUCCAAUCUUGUGUGGCAUUUGUUUUAUUUUUUGUUUCCUAGUCAAUCCAUUUUAAAAUGCUAGAGUGAGGUUAACCUGUCUUUGUCAGAAGAACUGAAAACCCUUUUUAAGCUUUAAGGAGUGACUGGGGUAGACAGCUUUGCAAUUCUUGGUGAAGGCUGUUGGGUUCAUAAAUAUAGUUUGAUUCCGGCUCAGUACAAUAAGACCAACCACAUCACUGAGUUUGUUUUCUGGUAACUUAAAAGUUAAGUAACUUUCCUGUAUUGUUCUGUCCAUAGAAAUUGAUGAGUAUGGUCUUAAUGAUUGACCGUGAUGGUGACUUUAUAUAUGUGUCAAAUAGUUUACGAUAUCAAUAAUGAUAAUGUCUAUGGGCUAGGCAUUGGCCCAUGGUCUCAACUAUCGGUAUGUCAUAUCUUCCAUCUUCAAAUAAAUAAAGAUUGCAUCAAAUACGA